AUGACCAAGGUCAAGGCUAGAGAUCUUCGUGGAAAGAAGAAGGAAGAGCUCGAGAAGGAGCUUGAAACUCAGAAGACUGAGCUCUCAUCCCUUAGGGUAUCCAAAGUCACUGGAGGAGCCGCUUCUAAGCUCUCCAAGAUCCGUGUUGUUCGCAAGAACAUCGCUCGUAUCCUCACCGUUAUCAACCAAAGCCAAAAGCAAGAACUCAGAAAAUUCUUUGCUGACAAGAAGUUCAAGCCAAUCGAUCUUCGCCAAAAGAAGACUCGCGCCAUCAGAAGACGCUUGACCAAGCACGAAGCCAGCCUCAAGUCUGCUAAGCAGCUUGCCAAGCAAAGAAAAUUCCCACAAAGAAAGUUCGCUGUUAAGGCAUAA